CGGAUUUCAGCCUUCAACUGGACGUUUUUGCUCCUUCUCCUCCCCUCCGCCUCUCUUCGGCGCCAACGCUGAUGCUAUAAAAGGGUCCACAGAAAGCCACGUUACGGCCUUCACCUGCCGGUAACCAGAUCGAGCGAAACGCCAACAGAUCCCCCUGAGAAGAGGAGUAAGGGUCAGACAGCAAGCCCCGGUACGAGCAAGAGGAGAGUGAGGGGAGCACAGAGAGAGGCGCGAACCGAGGGGAGAAGGGAGGAAUGUACAGCGGUUCGAGCGAUGGCGAGGGCCAUGACUCCACUCAGAAGAAGAUACCCCCGGCUUCCUCGAUGCUCUGGGUCCGCAACCUCCGACGCUACGUGGGAUCUGGCGCAGGACUCGGCUCUGAAGCCCUAAUGGAACUCGAAACGAAGAGGAUAUUGCUUGAUUUAUUCAAGGAAAGGCAUCAGAAGAAUGCCGAAGCUGGUGCCAUCCCUAGCUUCUAUAAGAAGAAACCGGAGGAAGGGUCUAUUAGUCAUAGGGUUCAGAGACUAGCCAAAUAUAGGUUUCUCAAGAAACAAUCAGAUCUCUUGUUAAAUGCUGAUGAUUUGGAUGCCAUGUGGGUCUGCUUGAGAGAGAAUUGCGUGAUCGAUGACACUACCGGUGCAGAAAAGAUGAAUUAUGAAGACUUUUGCCACAUAGCUUCUGUUUGUGCGGAGCAGAUUGGACCAAAAUGUCGCCGUUUUUUCAGUCCAUCAAAUUUUAUGAAAUUUGAAAAAGAUGAGUGUGGAAGAAUAGCAAUAUUGCCAUUUUAUCUCUAUGUGAUGCGGACGGUUUCACUCACUCAAGCAAGAAUUGAUAUGAGUGAGCUAGAUGAAGAUGGUGAUGGGUUUCUGCUACCUCAUGAAAUGGAGGCUUAUAUCAGAGGCCUUAUCCCUAAUCUUGCUCAGCUCAGAGAUAUGCCAACCGCUUUUGUGCAAAUGUACUGCCGUAUAGCUGCACACAAGUUCUUUUUCUUCUGUGAUCCUCACAGGCGAGGGAAAGCCUGCAUCAAGAAGAUCCUUCUUAGUAAUUGCCUCCAAGAACUAAUGGAACUACACCAGGAAAGUGAGGAAGAAGUAACUGAUGCAGAGCAAGCAGAGAACUGGUUUUCUCUCGUUUCUGCCCAAAGAAUAUGUGAUAUGUUUCUUGCUUUGGAUAAAGAUAUGAAUGGAACCUUGAGCAAACAAGAGCUCCAAGAGUAUGCAGAUGGGACAUUGACCGAGAUAUUCAUUGAACGAGUGUUUGAUGAACAUGUCCGCCGUGGCAAAAUGGGUGGCGGGAAUGCCCGAGAGAUGGACUUUGAAAGCUUUUUGGACUUUGUGUUGGCUCUUGAAAACAAAGACACACCUGAAGGAUUGACAUACUUGUUUAGGUGCCUUGAUCUUCAUGGCCGAAGACACCUUACAACAGCAGAUAUUCACACUCUCUUUAGAGAUGUACACCGGAAAUGGAUCGAAGGCGGUAAUUAUGAGCUCUGCAUAGAGGAUGUGAGGGAUGAAAUAUGGGACAUGGUCAAACCCGGCGACCCCCUGAAGAUAACAUUGGCGGAUCUUCUCGCCUGUAAGCAAGGAGGCACGGUGGCCAGCAUGCUGAUAGAUGUUCGGGGCUUUUGGGCACAUGACAACAGAGAAAAUCUUCUACAAGAAGAGGAAGAGGCAGAAGAGGAGAGUCCUCCUUCGUGAAACAGUGAUCUGUCGAUGUGUAAAUAAAUUUGGGCUUGGAAUUUCGGACUCGGAUGCUCGCUUGCUGAGGUGACCACUACCUGCUGUAAUCUAAGAUGUGCUUUUUGUUAUUUUAACAGCUGAAGGUCGUCCUUACACCUGGACCUCUCA